AUGGUGCUGUGCGGCGGGCCCUUGCGCCUGCGCAGUGCGGGCGGCGGGCAGCGCAGAGUGCGAGCCUCUUUUGUUCGACAGAGGGGAGGGCUGUUUGCCUGGGCCUGCGGUACGCCGCUUCAGUAAGGUGCUCGAUCGCGGCCACUCGGCUUGUUGCUUUUGUGGGCGCCACCCCUCCAUCGGCCGGCUUGACGCGACGCGCCUGUAGCGCGGCACCGAUUCCCCUCGGGCUCUUGGGCGCUGCUUUGAGCAGCGUCACCCUUUACACCAGAAAGCUGGCGGGCACUAUGGGGAAAAAACAAAACAAGAAGAAAGUAGAGGAGGUGUUAGAAGAGGAGGAAGAAGAAUAUGUGGUGGAAAAAGUUCUUGACCGUCGAGUGGUCAAGGGCAAAGUGGAGUACCUCCUAAAGUGGAAAGGUUUCUCAGAUGAGGACAACACAUGGGAGCCAGAAGAAAACCUGGAUUGUCCCGACCUCAUCGCUGAGUUUCUGCAGUCCCAGAAAACAGCUCAUGAGACAGAUAAAUCAGAAGGAGGCAAGCGCAAAGCUGACUCUGACUCUGAAGACAAAGGAGAGGAAAGUAAACCAAAGAAGAAGAAAGAAGAGUCAGAAAAGCCACGAGGCUUUGCCCGGGGUUUGGAGCCGGAGCGGAUUAUUGGAGCUACAGACUCCAGUGGAGAGCUCAUGUUCCUGAUGAAAUGGAAAAACUCUGAUGAGGCUGACCUGGUCCCUGCCAAGGAAGCCAAUGUCAAGUGCCCACAGGUUGUCAUAUCCUUCUAUGAGGAAAGGCUGACGUGGCAUUCCUACCCCUCAGAGGAUGAUGACAAGAAAGAUGACAAGAAUUAACUCUACUGAGUACCAGCCCCUGUCACAUGACUGUGGGUUUAAAGUGGGGAGGGAAGGAGUUCUACUUGUCUUGACACCAUAGAAGUGGCUUGAGAAGAUGUCCUUUGAAGAGCCGGUAUAGUUUCUGUGCCCUGCAGCAGCCCAAGUGCUUUAAAGCUGUUCCAUGCUGUAUAGAUUGCACACCCAUCCCAGUGGAGGGGAAGCAGAUAAGUGUUUUAAGGCAACCCAUUCUGCACUUUGCUGAGAAACGCAAAGGGCCUUCUAUGAAGGACGAAGCUUGCAGAGUGGGUGUGUGGGAGAGCAAAGAGAUACUAUAGAUCUUCAAAGAGCAUCUCCACAACCCACAGCCUUCUUCCCAAUAGUGUUAACUCUACAUUUUUACAGCGUAGCAUGUGUGUAGUUUUUGACUAUUACUGGUAUAUUAUUUGGGGGUGGGAGGGAUGGAUGGGGAAGAAGGGACAUGGGUAGGAUCAUUUUUGUUAAAAGUUGGGCCUGAUUGAGGAAAUGGUGAAACAAUAGAAAAAAACCAGACAACUGUUGAUUUGGUUCUACGUCCAGAAUAUUUUACCUAAAGUCCUUGGCAACGUAAAUGAAAACUGAGCAACUGUUUAAAAGCUCUGAAUGCCUGGAACCCAUAAACCAAGGUGUUCCCCACCUGAACUAAUGUUAUCCCUACAAAGGACUAGGGCAGUAAGUUACCAAAGCCACAAUUUUGGAGAUGGAAGCUGACUGAAGAGGGAAAGUUUUUUAUUGGAAAGUAUACACAACAGAUUAUUCUGUUUUAGAGGUGCUAAUUCUUGAAAUUGACAAGAAGACCCUUUCUUUUCCAAGAAGUCAUAAAUAUCAGCUUGUCCAUCCAAGCUGUUGGCUGAGCUGUUUGAGGGACACAAAGAGGGUGGUAUAGAGCAGAGUAGGAAAGACGAGGGCCCAUUGUCGUAGGGUGGAAACUCUUGGAGCCACUCUGCUUUUUGAACUUUGAACUCUGAAACCACUGGCGGCAGGGUUCAAUCACUAACAGCACAAGUUUCAUUGAAUCAAUUCAAGGGUUGAAAGAUUUCAAAAAGCCCUAGUCUCAGGAGAAGAUUAAACUUUCACAUUGGGGCAGUGGUUCACUUUAAAAAUAAAUUUUUUUUUAAUCCUAAGAAUUAACUGAUGCCCAAAAUGCUUUGUCUUGAAUCAUGAGAUCCAUCAGUUCUUGACAUCAUCUAAACUGCAUCUAGAGCUGCAUUAUAAAAUCUUUUUAGGCAUGUGUUAGGUUUCUGUGAAAACUUUGUUUAAAUGUAAACUUCAUAUUACCCUGUCAGUUUUUGUCUUAAUAAAACUAUAGAUUUAUAAUCCCUGA